UGAAAGCAAAACACAAGUCAUACUAAUACACAGUUGGUGAAAGCCAUGUGUUAGAAUAAAUACGGCUCUUGUCUUGAUGCACCAGCAAGGAGUUCCAUUGGACUGAAUGCCCUGACAAUCGGUGCUACUGCAAAACUUUGGAACUCGAAGCCUGACAAAGCAGUUCAACCAAGAUGUUUCUUCUCUCCCUCGCGGCUGUUGCUGUGCAUGGUUUUUACUUCAGCGCUGCAGACGCAUCUAUUCAGAAUGUGAAGUCAAGCAGCACGGCCGCAGAAAACAAGAGCAGGUGCAACGUGGUAGACAAGACCUUCACCUCAGUAUUCUUGCCGAGUGUUUAUGUGAUCGUGUUCUUUGUCGGUGUCAUCAGCAAUUGUUGGGGAUUGCGGAGUUUACUAGCAAAAUGGAAAACAGUCGGCUGCAUCAACGUGUUUGUGCUAAAUCUUGGCAUUGCGGACCUGCUCUAUGUGAUCACUUUACCUUUUCUGGUCAGUUACUAUGUGAUGGACGAAAAGUGGAUCUUCGGGCACGUCUUCUGCAAGAUAAAUCGCUUUUGUUUCAAUCUUAAUUUAUAUGGGAGCAUUGGAUUCCUAACAUGUAUCAGCGUUUACCGGUAUUUGAGCAUUGUCCACCCAAUGAAAGUAAUGGGUAGAAUCAGAGUGUGUCAUGCAAUCAUAAUAUCUGUCAUAACCUGGGUUCUGGUCGUUGCUCAACUUGUCCCAGAUUUGUACUUCAGUAAAUCAAAUCAAAAUUCUAGCUCCUGCUACGACACUACAUCAAACGACGAAAUAUACGAGUACCUUCCGUACAGCACCAGAUGGACUAUCACUGGAUUUUGUAUCCCGUUGCUUGUUAUUUUGGGGUGCUAUGGUCAUGUAGCAUUCGUUCUCACCAACAGAAAAAAUCCCAGCGUGAACUCUUUGAUGAAACAGCGAUGCUUGAAACUGAUUGUAACCCUCACAGUUUUAUUUGUUGUCUGCUUCAUACCCUAUCACGUUUUAAGGAUCCUCAAUUUAAAGACACGGGUAUUGCAAAUUGAAGGGGAAUGCAGUGACGCUUUCAAUAACAUAUAUGUGUCUUAUCAGGUGAGCAGAGGACUUGCUUGUCUGAACAGCGCUCUGAAUCCCUUAGUUUAUUUGGUAAUCGAUGACAAGGUCAUUAUAAAGAUGCAUGAUGUUAGUAAAAUGGCCAGACGUUCACUGGUGCAUUUAGUAGCUCGAAAAUCCACCCAGUCGUCGAUGGACAGGUUGGAUUUUACAUAAACAGAUGUGAAAUCUGAAAAGACGAGUGAGCAACAUGAUGCUUCUGAAUUGAAAACUACUGAUGUUAAUUAAUGCCCAAUAUGUUUCUAUCAUAGCGAAGCGCAGAAAUACACAGCAUGCAAACAGAAUUUGGGCAGCCGCGCCGCCUUCUUGCCAGCUUGCGCACGUGCAGUACUCUAUUCUGUAUUCUGUUGUAUAUGAGAAGCUAUUUUGAAGAUCACGCUUAAUUAUGGUAAAUGAAGUUUAUGAAAAUAAAUACAAAACGAUAGUGCUUAUUGUAUAUAAAAUACCGGAAGCAUUUCUCCAUUGCACUGUAUAAGUCUAUUUCAUUUGGCUUACUCAGUGUUACUGUAAAUAAUCAUUGCAUUAAAUUAUUUCAAACAGGGAAUAUUACUGCACUUAUGAAGUUUGAUUCAGCAACAUUGCCACUCAAGAGCGACUCACUUUAAAUCAACAAUACUCUGACUUUAUGAUUAAGAUGUGUUCUAGUCGUUAUAUGGACAAAUAAUAAAAUACUGCAAACGGUCCACAUUUUCUUAUAUCACAACUUGUUUUCCCUUAACCUUUACCUGAAUCCUUUGAGUCACUGUCAGGUGGCAAAAUUGCUGUUCAUUCGCCCAGCAAUACCAUUGCAAUAUUAUUCUAUAGAGCAGAUGCUUUUUAAAGUGUGUAAGUCAAGUAGGCACAUAUUUUAAUGCCUUCAUUAAAGGCAUCAGACAGUGCACCCGCCAGUGUUUCUAAAGCAAUGGAUGGAAAAAUAGAUUCCUGCAAGACAACAUACAUUUUGAUAACUUGAUACAUUGCCUCAGUACCAGAACUUUGUAACAAGAAAAUCUUUAUUUUUUCAAAACUCAAAUGAAGAAAUAUUUGGUCCUAAUUUGCACAACCACGCAUUUAAAGCCUGCUUUGAAUUUAUUUUUGUUUUCUUUUGAAAUCGCAAGAUACUUGUCCAGCGAAGUGUAAUGAAGAGCAGAACAGGACAUUUCCUCAAUGUCUGAGAGGUUUUUAACAUGCAUCUCGCAGCACUUACAGCUUUCCUUCAGGUAAACUGGAGAUGGAAAUCAAAAGUGUGUUCAUCAAACUACAGCAGUGCUAUCAGAUUGCUGUCUUGCUCAUCAUGGCUGAAAGUCACUUACAACAGGGAGAUGCAUCUUUUAUUUUUGUUUUAUUGCCCAACCUCCCGAAUUACAUUGUAUGUUUGUUGACACACACUGUGGUAAUAAUUGGCUACUGUUGUAACCAAGGUUCUGAAGGUAGUGAUCCAUGUAAGAAAGACAAGUUACAGAAAAUGUUUAUUGCUUUGUAUGUAAAUGAUGCUUUCCUUAUUUUCAUUUUAUUAUUUAUGUUUAAAUAUUGCUGACACCUGAACUCUUAAGUCAAUUUUUUUUUUUUUUUUUUUUUUUUGUACAAGAAUGUAUCUGGGC